AUGAAGGAGCUGGCUAGAGAGAGCAUCAGCUUGUUAGCCAAGCCUACUCUGGAGUCAGGUAGCCCAAACCUAUCCUCUGCCGGGGCUGUCUUUAUUAUGCUGAAAUCAUCUCUUGGAGCAGGACUUCUUAAUUUCCCAUGGGCUUUCAAUAAGGCUGGAGGGAUCACUGCAGCUGUUCUUGUGGAACUGGGCUCCUUAAUAUUCCUAAUUAGCGGCCUAGUGAUCCUGGGAUAUGCCUCCUCCAUCAGCACCCAGUCCACGUACCAGGGCGUAGUCAGAGAAAUCUGUGGGUCGGCCAUUGGGAAGCUCUGCGAGAUCUGCUUCAUUUUAAAUCUCUUCAUGAUUUCCGUAGCCUUUCUCAGAGUUGUGGGCGAUCAGCUGGAAAAAUUAUGUGACUCCCUCUACAUGAAUGUGACUCUGAGCGGAGAAGGGCCUCCUCCUCCCCAGCACUGGUAUACAGAUUACCGCUUCACCCUGACUGCCCUGUGUGCCCUGGUCAUCUUCCCUCUGUCUGUCCCCAGGGAGAUCGGGUUCCAGAAAUACACCAGUAUUUUAGGUACUUUGGCUGCUUGCUACCUGACCCUGGUGAUUAUAAUAAAAUACUACCUAAGGACGGAGCAUGUUAUCCUGUAUGAGCACCAUUAUUCCUCAAGGGUCUCUUCCUUGGCUUCCAUGUUCAGUGUCAUCCCAACCAUCUGUUUUGGAUUUCAGUGUCAUGAAGCCUGCAUUGCCAUCUACAGCAGCAUGCACAACAAGAAACUCUCCCUUUGGAUCGUGGUGUCUGUGCUCUCCAUGCUCUUCUGCCUGUUAAUUUAUUCUCUUACAGGGCUUUAUGGCUAUUUAACCUUUGGUGCUGAUGUGGCUGCUGAUAUUCUGAUGUCAUACCCAGGAAAUGACGUGGUCAUCAUCAUAGCCCGGCUACUCUUUGGCAUCUCCAUCAUUACCAUCUACCCAAUCGUUCUCCUGCUGGGCAGGUCUGUCCUACAGGAUGUCUGCCUGAAUGACAAGUGCAGGUCUCUCGUGCUCAUGGAGCCUUAUGAACGGUGUACAAGGAUUGUGCUGACGAUGACGUGGAUCAUCGUGACGCUCGUCAUUGCUCUGUUUGUCCCUGACAUCAGCGAGGUGAUCAGUAUUAUUGGUGGCAUCAGCGCCGCCUUCAUCUUUAUCUUUCCAGGGCUAUGUCUAAUAUGUGCAAUGGAAAUGGAACCCAUCGAACCAAGAAAAAAGUCCUGUUUGAUUGCUUGGGGUGUCAUCUCCAUCCUCUGUGGAGCUUUUGUCUUUGGUCAGAGCACAACCACUGCUGUCAUGGAGCUGGUCUACAAAUUCUAGCUGCUUACAGAUCAUAUCAGUAUUGCUAGAAUAGAGACAGAAGGUCCAUUACCAGAGUUAGACUUGUACAAGUAUUAGAACUUGCAAGUUCAACACCUAGAUCCUUUAUGCACAUGUCUACACAGCAGCUCGAGAGGCGAGGGUAGCACCAAGGCUCCUGGGCCUUCACUGCUAUUAUUACUUGAGCGAGCUUGGACCUAUCUGUGCAGCUGCAGUUACCUCCCUGAUGGCAGCGUAGACCUUCCCUCAGUGUGGCAUCUCAUCUUCAAUACAAGGAGACUGGAGUUCCCACUACGGAGAACAGUGAUGUUGUGCAUAACUGCCCUUUAUUUUCCACCUACCCUUGAAUUAUUUUGAUGUGUUUUUCAUUACAAGUUCACAAAACUACUUCCAUUCUGUU